AUGGCGUUUCGUGAUGGCGAAUCGUCGGCGGAUUGGAUGGCGCAUCUCGAGCGCACCUUGCGCUCCACGCAGCCUGCCCUUUCCGCUCCCCGCCUUCGUCCUCGUCCCCGUCUCCUGCCACCGUCAGCCGCGCUGCUUUCUCUGCACUCCGCUCGCCCCGCUCUAGCGGCCUCGCAGCAGAGGAAAAACAUUCGGCGCCGCACCUUACACUCGCCUCACUCGCCCACUCCCUCUCCCCUCUUCCCCACUCUCUCCCCUCUCUCCGCUCUUCCGCACCCUAUCCCCUGGAUCCCCUCUCUCUCCUCUCUCCCUUGCAUCCCUCCCUCUCACUCCCUCUCCCACCCUUUCCACCCUUCCGCCUGUCCCCGCCCUCUCAGCCACUCAGUGCCACGGAAUUCUCGCAGCCGGGCCUGCCCUCGUGCACUGGACGCUGGCGCAGCAGCCAGGGAGGAGCGCAGGGGCGGGGAGAAGGAGGAAGAGGGGGAGGGAGACGGAGAGCCGGAGGAGGAGCGGGUGGGAGGAGCAGGGGCAGCAGCAACAAGCCCCUCUGCACCCGCUGCCCCCUCACUCGCACCUGCCGCCCUGAGAACGCCCCCCGGUGCCGGGAGGAUCGCCCCUCUGCUCUCUCGCUCCUCCUCCUUUCCACUCCCACCCACCGCAGCAGCAGCACCAGCAGCAGCAGCACCAGCAGCAGCAACAGCUGCCACUUACCCAGCAGGCACACCCACAGUUGACUCCCUUGAAGCCCGCUGUCUCACACUGCGCCUGAUUGGCUGCCUCGCUCCGCUGGCUGCUGACGUGGCACACGUGCAGGAGUUGGUGGUGCGGGCGGCGAUGAAAGCAGAGGGACAGCAGGAGGUGAGUGAGGUGUUGGGUGUUGUGUAUCUGGUGGAGAAAACGGGGAAAGGAGGGGGUUGGUUGGGCCUUGCUUGCUCUUCGCUUUUGUGUGUUCUCGCGAUUCCCCUCCCUCACUCGCUGUACCUCGCCCAUCUCACACCUCCUCCUGCUCUCCUUCGUGCUGCCUAUAUAGCCGCCUGUCCUCCCCUCCCUUGUUUCGCGGUUUCCUCCCUUACCUCAACCCGGUCCUUCCCUCUCCACCCCAACCUCCAUGCUGCCAUACUUCACUCCAAGUCCUCGCUUUCACUGCUUCUCCAUCCUUACUUUCCCUUGCAACUGUCUUCCCACCCCAACCUCCACGCAGCUCUCCUUGCGGCCACAUUCCUCUGUGUUGUCUCUGCCCCCUUCAUCCUCAACCCCCCUUCGUUCCCUCCAUUCUACCGCCAUACAGCUCUCUUCGUUCUCAUCUUCCUCCCCUCCGUCGCUCUAUUGUUCAACAACACUCACACCCAAUCCCCCUCUCCCCCUACACCCGCACGCCCCACCCAACCACCCCAGCAGCGCCAUGCAGCUCUCUUCGCGCUCACCUUCCUCUGUGACGUCUCUCCUCCCUUCGCCCUCCACACUCUCCCCCUCCUCCUCUCCCUCGCUCUCCCCGCCUCCCCACCGCCACCCCUGCCCCUCUCCCUCACACGCCAUCUGCACCGCUUCUCACACCUUCCUCUCCCGCAGCAAACCAAGCAGACUGGAGUGAAAAGAAAUGUACUCAUGAGUCAAGCAGAGGCGGAUGAGCACAUGGCGGUGAAGCUGCAGCAGCAGCAACAGUCUGACCGUUUUCCAGCUGCCCAAGCAUCGGUGCAACCAUACUCGGUGCACCCGCAAUCGUUCCACCUCUCCCCGUCUCGACAAGCUCUGCCGCUACUGGCUCUGCAUAUGACUCCUCUAACCACCUCCUCCCUUUUGCCACGUGUCAGCCGCCCAUUGGCCCGGUGGAGGGGGCGUGAGGAGGGGGAGGAGGGGGUGCGGGUGCGAGUGGCAGCAGUGGUGGUGAAGUGCCUGGCGGGGCACGAGGAGAGGGCUGUCAGGCGAGUGGCAUGGCAGGUGAGGAGAGGGAUGGGAGGGGGAGAAGAAGGGUGGAUGGGAGAGGGCAAGCGGGGUGGAUGGGAGGGGAAGAGGGGUGGAGGAGAGGGGGAAGGGGGGGGAUGGGAGGGGGAGAAGGGGGUUGGAUGGGAGGGGGAGAAAGAGGGUGGAUGGGAGGGGGAGACGAGGGAGCAGUUGUGUGAGAAGGUGACUUGGUGGGACGUGAUGACAGCACCAGGAGACGAUUGGUGGGGCAGUUGGGGCGACAAGGGGGACGCAGAGGAGCAGCGGUGCUGA